UUUCUCUCUCAAUUCUGUAUCCUCGUCCCGCACGACCACUCACAAAUUAUCACUUCGAUUGAAGUUGCGUGUGCUUGUAAUUUACAACAUGGAAGCGUGCCGUUCCAACCAACGCCUCCUUCUCUUGUCCAUUUUUAUUACUUAAUAAAGAACAUUAUGAAUUAACUGUUGAUAUCCACGAAUCAGGAGGAUAAUCCUCCGGCCCAGUCAUCAGCACAACUCGCCGCUAGCCAAUCCCUCAUGAGUCCGCCGUUCCUACCCCUGCUGACCCUCCUCCUCCUCUCCGUCCUGCAGCUCCCAUCCUCCACCCCGGCUCCGACUCCAACUCCAACUCCGACCUUCCCGCUGUCGACGAGCUCUCGAUGGAUCGUAGACAGCUCCGGGCGGCGGGUGAAGCUGGCCUGCGCCAACUGGGCGGCGCACCUGGAGCCGGCGGCGGCGGAGGGGCUCGGCCGGCAGCCUCUCGGCGCUGUGUCGGAGCGGGUGACCUCCAUGGGCUUCAACUGCGUGCGCCUCACCUGGCCCCUCUACCUCCUCACCAACGCCUCCCUCGCCUCCCUCACCCUCCGCGCCUCCCUCGCCCGACUCGGCCUGCUCGAGUCCCUCGCCGGCGUCCGCGUCAACAACCCCGACCUGCUGGAUCUGACGCUCGUCAAAGUCUUUCAGGCAGUGGUAUCGAAUUUGGCUAGCAACAACCUCAUGGUCAUACUGGACAAUCAAAUUACCAGGCCUGGUUGGUGCUGCAGCAAGUAUGAUGACAAUGGUUUUUUUGGAGACGAGUACUUUGACCCUGAUGAAUGGUUGGAGGGCUUAACAAUGAUGGCAACAAUGUUUAAGAACUCACCCAAUGUGGUUGGAAUGAGCUUGAGGAAUGAGCUUCGUGGACCAAAGCAAAAUGUUAGCUUGUGGUACAGGUAUAUGCAAAAAGGUGCUGAGGCGGUACAUUUCGCGAACCCAACUCUUCUCAUUAUUCUGUCUGGCUUAGAUUAUGAUAAAGACCUAAGCUUCCUGCAUUUCAAGCAAGUGGAGUUAUCAUUUACAGGGAAAAUAGUUUUUGAGCUACAUUGGUAUGGAUUUUCAGAUGGCGGUGACUGGCAAAAUGGGAACCCUAAUGAUGUAUGUCGUAUGGUAUUGGAUACACAAAUGUGGAAGGCAGUCUUCCUACUUGAUAAGGGCUGGCCAUUGUUUCUUUCCGAGUUUGGGGUUGACCAAAGUGGUACAAAUAUUGCUGACAACCACUUUCUUAGCUGCUUUAUAAGUGUGGCGGCCGAACUGGAUUUCGACUGGGCUCUUUGGGCAUUGCAAGGAAGCUAUUAUAUUAGAGAAGGUCAAUUAGCUUAUGAUGAGACAUAUGGUGUACUUAGCUGGGAUUGGUGUAAGGCCAGGAGCACCGAUUUUCUCCAAAAAAUUGCAGCUCUGCAAUCUCCCUUCCAAGGUCCCGGUCUGUCCAAUAAUUCAGCAUACAAUUUAAUUUUCCAUCCUUUAACGGGACUCUGCCUAAUGGUGCAGUCUCCAUCCAAGCCACUUGAGUUGGGUUUAUGUGGAGAAUCCAAAGCUUGGAACUACACAUCGGAACAUAAGGUAGUGCUAAAAGGCACUGGAUACUGCUUGCAGGCUGAAGAUGUGGGCGAGAAUGCGAUGCUUGGAAGCAGUUGCAGCGAGUCCAAUUCAAAGUGGGAUAUGGUAUCUGCAUCGAAGAUGCAUCUUUCGACCAAACUUCCAAACAACGGAAGUACAGUGUGUUUGGAUAUUAAUUCAGAUGGUACUGUUGUGACCAAUUUGUGCAAGUGCUUAAGCCAAGAUGGGACAUGCAGUCCUGAAAGCCAGUGGUUUAAGAUCAUUACAAGCACUAGAGAUUUAGGUGGCCAAGGCUCCAAUAUCGAGUUUCGGUUUCCAAGAGGCCAGCUUACGCAAUUUCGUUUAGCCACAGUAAGUAAAGAAGAAAAUAGCUUACCAAAAGUAGGUGGAAAAUUGUGAAGUUAUCACAUUCUUUUCCUAUUAUUGGUGUGUAAAUAAAUUUUAUGUUGUAUCUGGUGGUAAUCAUUGUCCUUAUUAUUUGAUUAAGAAGCUCAAGGGCUUCAUUACUUGUACUGAAAGUUAAAGUAUAAGCUUCAAAUGCAAAUAUCCGAAUAAAUAUCAUGACUAGUCCUUUUAUCAUCCUA